UAUAUAUAUGAAGGGUUGGGCCUUGAGCGCUCUCCUUUCCUCAGAAAACAUCCGAGCCGCUGCCUCCUCUCACACUCUGGAGAAAAUGCCUGCAGACUACAACGGACGCUGGGAGAUGGUCAGCAAUGAGAAUUUUGAGGAAGUCAUGAAGGCGCUUGACAUUGAUUUUGCCACCAGAAAGAUAGCUUCCCACCUGCAUCAGACCAAAGUCAUCGUCCAGAAUGGAGACACAUUCGAGACGAAGACUCUGAGCACCUUUAGGAACUACGAAGUCAACUUCACUGUGGGUGUGGAGUUUGAGGAACACACGAAGGGCCUUGACAACCGGAAAGUUAUGACACUGGUCACCUGGGAUGGGGACAAGCUGGUGUGCAUCCAGAAGGGGGAGAAAGAAAACCGUGGCUGGAAACAAUGGCUCGAGGGAGACCUGCUGCACCUGGAAAUCACAGUUGCUGGCAAACUCUGUCAUCAAGUCUUUAAGAAGGUGCAAUAAGAGGAGAGGCGUCGUUCUGCUGCUUUUAAAUAUGGGAAACUGAAAUAAAAUGAUUUAAUACAACCUA